AUGGGGACUGGAGGGCUGGAGCUUUUCAGCCCGUCCAGUUCCCCGGGGAACCCCCCCACCCACAAAAAGGAGGAGACCAGGAAGCUCCAAGUUACACUGGAGGACUUCCUCCCCAAGGGGGAGAAGGCACGCCUCACUGGCUCGAGGCCGGGCCCGGCCUGCAGUAAGGGCGCUAAACCCGAUAACUGCCGGCCGGAUGAAACCCGCCUCGAGCCGAGAAGUACUCCCGGGCCAAGCCAGGGAAACAGGGAAAGACCCUCCCUGCCGCCCUCACCGACACCUGCCGGGGCGCCCAUCCAUAUGGAUGUGGACUCCGAUGUAGAGUCGGUGGGACGGGGAACUAAGAGGGCACAUAAGAAGACGGUUCCCGCAUAUUACAUCUCUUCGUCGACCGAGUCGGAUGAAGGUCCGACGAAGAGAGGACGCGGGAGACCCGCCAAAGACCCCUCCCAUAAGGGGCAAUUUACGGCCCAGGCCCUGGCACAGAAGGCGGAAGCCGAAAAGGCCAAACAAUUAAAGAAAGACCACAGGGCAAUCACAAACCCUGAGGUCAAGCCCACCUCUGGGCGAGCCACGAGGGCGCAAAAUGAAGCCCUCGAGCGCGCAGAGGAACUGGAGGCACAGCCCCUGGCUGCGGUGGCGGCUGUCAUGUCCAAUAGUUUGGGCAUGAUAGCCAAGUCCGUGGAGCGGUCCGGCAACAUCCAAGGUCCCAUCAAGAGGGACCUAUGGACCGCUUACACGGAACUGACGGCUGGCCUGACCGCCAUCGUGGCCAGGCAAGGGGAGAGUAAUGAAGCGCGACUCCAACGGGAGGAAAGUGCGGCCCUAAAGAAAGCCAGGGCCAAAUGGGCCAAGGAAAAGGCUAAGCUGAAGGCAGAGCUCGGCCAACUGAGAGUCCGCGUCGAGCGCCUCCAGUGCCCUUCCAUGGCCCAAGGUGGUGAAUACACCGACGCCGAGGUCCAGACGGACCUCGACGAAGAGGUCCUGGGGGCCCUGGUGGGAUCGCCCUCCCACGUGCCAGAUCCAAAUGAGGAUUUGGACACGGGAGCAGAGGAGCUUCCCGCCCCGGAACCCCCUGAGCUGGUGGGCGGCGCGACCAUGCGACCCAAAAAAGGGCCGAUGGUCGUGUCCGUGGAGAAGUUAAAAGAGCCCCUGGUCAUAUCAGCCAGGGACUUCAAAAAGCCCUAUUACCGUCCGCCGCUGCAGGGGGUCAGCAAACAGCUGAACCCCCUGUCGAAAGCGGCGGACCGGGUAGCGGCUCCCGCCUCCCGCACCUCCUUCCCCUCCCUUCCCCCUCCCACCAGUUCUCUGGAGACGUCGGGAUGGACCAGGGUGGAGGAUGGCAGGAGAAAAGAGAAGAAGAGGGCGAAAGCCCUGACCGAGGACAGCCUCAAGGAGGCUCAUUCCAGAGUUCUCCCGGCCGUCCUCGCUGAGAUGGGGCUCCUUCCCGCCCCUAGGGUGCCAGAGAGGCCCAGGGCGCCCCCGACUGCGGGCAAGACUGCCAGGCAGUCCGGGGCUGCCCCCCAGAAGGGAGCGGGCAACGCGGUCGCAACGACCGCGAAGCCCGCCCCGACGCAGAAGACGACCACCCCGUCCAUACUGGAGUUAUGGACGGAGGUGGUCUCCAAAAAGUCGAGACGAAAGGCCGCUAGAGCCGUCGAGGAGGCGGCAAAGACGGCCCCCACGGUGAAGAGGCCGACAAGGGUCCUUCCGGUCCCGCCCCAAAAAACCCCCUCCCAACAAUCUUCUUCGAAGAAGAAGAAGAAGAAAAGGGGCGGGCGUGGAGAGGGCCAAGGGGGUCCCGGGGGGCCACCCCCACCGAGCGGUGUCAGCUCCCAGGGCCCGGCUAGGGUGACCAGAAUCAAGCCGCCGACUACAGCGGCAGUCACGGUCACCUGUGCCGACCCGGGAGCAUAUGCAGCGGUCACGGGAGCCCUGAUUCUCGAGGUUAGGGGCGUCGAUAAUGGUACAAAAGCCGAUGCCCUGGCCGAGGGGAUCAGAGCUGCCCUGACGGGACGGGACGACGUCAAGGUAGCUCGACCAUGCAAGACGGUCGAGCUACGCUUGACCGGCCUGGACGAUUCGGUCACCUCCAGCGAGGUGGCCGAGGUCCUGGGAGCCAUGGGAGGAUGCUCUCCCCACGAUUUGAAAGUGGGGGAUAUCCGUAUGGCUCCCAAUGGGCUGGGCACCUGCUGGGUGCGCUGCCCAGCAAAGGCGGGCAAGGCAGUCUUGGCCGCCCCCCGGGUUAGGGUGGGCUGGUCAAGCUGCCGAGUGGCGCUGCUCCCUUCGCGGGGACUCCAGUGCCACCGAUGCGGAGGCAUUGGCCAUCUGGCCAAUGCCUGCAAGGAGAAAGCGGGCUGCCCGGUCUGUAAAGACGCGGGCAAGCCCGCCGAACAUCGGAUUGGUGCGAAGGGGUGCCUGGCGAACAAGCCUCAAAAGGCACCCCCGAGCGCCGGGGGCCGCAGCGAGGCGGGGUCGACAGCAACGCCAACCCUGCCGCAGAUCGCGGCCCCCCCGGAGAUAGAAGCUCCUCUCCCGCAAAGGGAGAGGAGAGUCAGAGAGGAGGAAGCAGCAACAGACUGCGUAGAGAUGCAGGAGGUGGAGGAGACUCGGGAGCAAGCCAACGAUGCCCCCUAG